AUGGACGCCGACCAUGACUCGCCCGCGGAUAGCCCGCUGGAAGGCGAGCUCGGUCCCUCAAUCCAGGAGCCCUCCUCGCCCAACAAUUUGAGCCAUCAUGCGUCAACCCCGUCUCUCCUUCCGUCCCGCGAUCCCACCACCGGUAUCACAGCGUCUUCGACGCACUUGGGCCAGAUCAACGCCGCGCGGCGUGGCGCGGGGACCCCGCCACGCCCGCAGCCAUCGAUGAGUGCCCAAGGUGUCACAGGUCUGAACCAGGAUAUCAUGGCCAAGAUGAAGGCCUUUUCCCUCUCUCGGCAAGGCAUCCCACACAAUGCUUCCACGGGGACAAUACCCACCUCGCACGAGGCCGGCGUUGGCGGCGCGCUCGUCGCCCGCAUGCCGCCGCCUGUCACCAGGCCCAACAACAAAAAUUGGGCCUCCUCCCCCGCGAUCACUGCUCAGGCGUCCAGUCCCGCGUCUCCGCGGCCAGGAGGAUUGGCGGCCAAGCGCAUGAAACCUGGCCUCAAGCUGUCGGAUGUCACGGGCGGGACUCCGCCACCGGCGAACGGGACGGAGCCGGAGAAAGAGACAGAGUCGAAUGGGGGAUCAGUGUUCAGCAAAUACUCUGAAUUCAUCGACACGAAAGCUGGGACCUUGAAUUUCAAGAACAAGGCGAUUCUGCAUGGCGGUGGCGUCGAGUUCUCUUCGGGACACAGUUUCAAGAUUUCAUUGGACGAAGUCGAUCGAUUAGAUGAGUUGGGCAAGGGCAACUAUGGCACAGUCUAUAAAGUACGGCACAGUCGUCCACACCUGCGAAAACCCGGCAUGGGCUUGAGUGGAAUUGUCAGUCGACCGUCGGGCCAGGACGAGACUAGUCCAGAAGCUGGGCGCCAGGAUGCUCUGUCUGGCGUGAUCAUGGCGAUGAAAGAGAUUCGACUCGAGCUGGAUGAGGCCAAGUUCGCACAGAUCAUCAUGGAACUGGAUAUCCUUCACCGCUGCGUCUCACCCUUCAUCAUCGAUUUCUACGGCGCAUUUUUCCAAGAAGGCGCAGUUUACAUGUGCGUCGAGUAUAUGGAUGGCGGUUCGAUUGACAAGACCUAUCAAGGGGGCGUGCCCGAGAAUAUCCUGCGCAAGGUAACUCUAUCCACCGUCAUGGGAUUAAAGGCGCUCAAGGACGAGCACAACAUCAUUCACCGUGACGUCAAACCCACCAACAUCCUGGUCAACAGCAGGGGACAAAUCAAAAUUUGUGAUUUCGGUGUCAGUGGCAACUUGGUCGCUAGUAUCGCCAAGACCAACAUUGGAUGCCAGAGUUACAUGGCACCCGAACGAAUUGCGGGCGGGGGUAUGCAGCAGUCGGGCGCCCCGAGUGCCGGGACAUAUAGUGUGCAGAGCGACAUCUGGAGCUUGGGCUUGUCAAUCAUUGAAUGCGCGAUGGGACGGUAUCCGUACCCCCCAGAGACAUUCACCAAUAUAUUCAGCCAGUUACACGCAAUUGUCCACGGCGACCCUCCUACCCUUCCUGCCGAGGGAUACUCCGAAGAAGCGCACGCAUUUGUUAAAGCCUGUCUUGACAAGAACCCCAAGAACCGCCCAUCCUACAGCAUGCUCCUCCGCCACGUCUGGCUUGCACCCCUCAUGCGCCCACCAACCGAAGCCGAUGGACCACCCGCCUCCCAACUCCCCGAACAAUCUGCGUACGGCGAGAACUCCCUGUCGUAUAUAACCGAAGACAAAGAAGUCGCCGAGUGGGUUCAGAAACAACUGGAGCUUCGUAAAGUUGGCCAUCUGAACUCUGCUAAGCAACCAGCUUUGCACGCCGUGGCCCUUGAUAAAGUCGCCACCAGCCCCAUCCACGAAGAGACUGAAAGCCCAGCCCAGACUGACUGA